UGUUUCCAGAAGACGCAGCCUAGCAGCACCAGAAGUCAGAACCUCGAGUAGUACUAGUAUGGGCACAUCAGACACUUGUGAUAAGGAGCCUUCUCAAACUGCUUUUGAUUCUCGAGCUACACUAUCAUCUAUCCAGACUCAGCGGAUUGCCGAAUCCCAACGAAAAAGAAAACUAACUGCCAACCCUAUCUAGGGGUAAUCGUCUAACAUAGAGCUGCACUGGCUCUGCACACCAUCCCUCCAUCAGCUGCAUCGGUGGGUGUUGUUCACGCGUUUGGACAAUAAUCUCAGCCUGUUUCUGCUGCGUAUUCCUACAAUAGCCGGUCCAUCUCCCACCCAGAUCUCUUGACUGAAGAAGAUCAGUCUCGAAUGUGCCGGCCUCCUUGAUGGUACAGCUGCGCCACAGUCAUGGGUUCAGAUCCCUCAGAACGAUAGCCCGAACUGUCCGAGACAAAGCUCUGUCGAUAUCUUUCGUCGCGUUCGACGUCUCCGUUGCGUUCCCGAGCUCUGGAUGCCCUCAGGUUAUGAUUUCCCGGUCGGAGGUGUAGAAUACGUGCAACACCCAGUUCGGUUUCGGCCGCGGCAUCACCAUGCUCGUCGCCACCGUCAUAAGUAGAGUGACGGUGGUAGUGGUGGUUGUUCCGGUCCUGCUCGGGCUCAGUCACUCCACGGAGCAUUCGCUCAAGCUCGGUCUCGGUCUCAGAGUAGGGGAGAGCCGAAGAGUUCAACAUGUCCAACGCACACACGCUUCGACGGUAGACUUCACGAUCGCUGCUGGCGACGCUUCUGUCCGAGCCAUCUUCGUACUCAGGAACGUGGUCUUCCUCUCGAUCUCCAUCUCCUGCAUCAGAAGGACCAUAGACGGAAACUUCGGGGAUGUUGCUGAGAACACGACGAGCUGCCGUCUGUCCCAAAAUGCUGUUUUCCAAGUAGUCCGAGGCGAUCUGCGAAGCAGUGGAGCUAUCGACGUCUUGUGUAACUUCUGCCAACCUCGCUGCAGAAGCGAGCAGCGGUUGCGACCGGUUAGGUGGGUUGGGUAAAGCUUUGUGUGUGUUGAUAGGGGACGCCAGAAUACCAUGUCGCUUAGUGGCUCCGAGAGAAUCAGAUCUAGGGCGGACGACCGCAGGCAAUGAGGUUAUGGAACCGCUACGACUCUCAGAACUCUCGACGGGAGUGGUUGGGGUUGUUCGAGCCUGACGACGCUUGCCGAGCGGAGAGACGUUUCGGAGGAAUGGUUUGCUCUUAGAGGUUGUGACUUCUUUCGACGAAUAUCUUGUGUCGAAUGCAUGAGUGGAGGCAUCAUGGUGCGACGAGGUGAACCCGAUCAUACUCUGGCUUGAAGGAAUGCCACCGCCCCUCUUGAUUCUCUCUUUAUCCCGGUCCACGCCGAAAAACCGCAAUGCCUUGGAGGCUGGACCACCUUUGGCCGUCGUGGCAGGCAGAUCGGGAUUGGGUAUGGCAGCUUGGGAUUGUGAGAUGAUGUUUUUGACAUCCGCUCGUCGCGCAAAGACCUCUUCUCGUGCACUCCCCAGCAUUUGACGCAAUCUCGCAAUCUCCUCCUCACAUUGUGCCAGUUCGAGGGUAUGCGCGAUCUUCAAGCUUUCCAGAUUGCCUCGCAGCUCGUCAUAUCGUCCUGCCUUACUUUCAACCUCGGCAAUGGACUCCUGACUCUGCACCAGGGCGGCUUCGCACUCCUCCAGACGUUUGGUCAAGGUCUCAUUCUUUUGUGUUAGGAGCAAAACCUCGUGAUCGCGCUCUUUGACCACUCUGACUGCGAUUUCGUAUUUGUUGGUGUAGGUGUCCAGGUUAUGGGAGUGUUCAUUGAUCAUAGCACUCUGGCC